CAUUUUCUCAAUUAUGCAAUUUGACAGGUAAUUAGUGACGUAGUGAUUUGUGUCAUACAUUUAUUAAAUUUUAUUAUUUUGAUCUGUAAUAGCGGCGUAUUGUACCUUAUUUAAGCCAUAAAAAGGCACCAGCAUUAUGAAUCCAAUCCUAGGGCGUUCUUCGCCAAUUUUAAAAUGUAUUCCUGGGAAAAUCAAUGGUACUGCAAUUCGUUGCAUAACCAAUAAAAUUCAAGAUAUACCAAUUCAUACAGGCCAAAAAUGGGAUGCUAAUGACUAUCGUCUCGUCCGAUUCACUAAUGCUCCAAAACAAGUCAAUACGAAUUGGGCAGUUAAUCUAAUUGCAGAAGUCCCACCCAAGGAAGUGACUGAAAGGGUUGUAUGGUGUGACGGUGGGAGCGGUCCUGAAGGGCAUCCUCGUGUUUAUAUUAAUCUGGACAAACCUGGAAAUCAUUCCUGUGGCUAUUGUGGAUUACGAUUUGUUAAGAAAGAUCACCAUUAAAGUUUAUCAUUUGUUGUAGUAGCAGUAUACAAAAUGUGUGUAAAAAUAUGUUGUUAGUUUUUCAUUUUAAUUAUAUAAAGGAAUAGAAUAAACAUUUUAAUGAAUAAUAUAUUUAUUUCUGAUCUAAA